AUGAGUGGAACACCAACAUUGAGUGAGCUGACGAGAAGUUUAAAAUCAACCUCACUCUCUCAACACACCACUCCAAAUAAUAAUGGCAAUUUGGACUCUUCAACACUAUCAACAACAUCAUCGACCACUUCCAUGAUGAAUGGUAGAGAGGAACAUAAAUUUCAGAGAAUAAUUAUUAUUCAUUCAAAGACUGGUGUUUCGAUAUUUGAUUAUUGUUUUCCGGGAGCUUGGAAUGCCAAGAAGGCAGAUAUUGGAGGUUUUUUGGCAUCUUGUUAUCAAUUUGAUGCAACUGUUAAAGGUGGAGGAAUUAGAAAAAUAGUAUUUCAACCACCAAGUGAAAGUCAAACAUCUUCCCAAUCAACAAGUGGUAGAAUCAUUCGUCAAGCUUCGGGUACAUCAACAACAACACCUGGGCUCAAUCUUAUAGGAGCUAGUGGAGGAAGCAAAUUUAGAACCAUUACACCAACACCAACUCUAGGUAAUCAAACUGUUACAACUUCAAAUCCAACCACACCAACAUCACAUCAUUCAAAAACAAACAGUGCCAGUAGCAUGAAUAUUCUAUCAGGAUUUAAUACAAUUAGAAGACGAAGUGUUCAUCAUCGUUCAAAACGUAAUAGAAGAGCAUGUCUGAAUUUAAGUGAUCCUAUGGGUUCUAAUUCUUCGAAUUUAAUGUACAUAGUUUUUGGUCAUCCAAAUGAUCCCAUCUCUCCAACUCUCUCCAGUAGUAAUUCAUCAAGCCAUGUAAAUAAUUCACAAACUUCUAUAGAUCCAGUGUGUCUGUGUGCAGUUUGUUUUGAAGGAGGUUCAGAUGAAUUGUGGACAGAAAUUACUAAAGCAUUUGCUUGUGAAUGUGUGAGAGAAUUCUGUACACUUUACAAGGAUAUAUUGGAAAAGCACAAGAAGAAUUUUGAAAAACUCAAAUCAGAAGCUAACAGAGAUGAUGAACUCGAAAGACAAAUUGUGGAGGAAUUUCAAAUAUAUGAAGUAAUAAUGAACAAGACCAAACAAAAAGUAUUGGAUGCCUUCUCAUCUCGUAUUGCAGAAUCAGUCAAAUUACAAAAUAGCAAAUUUAGUGACAUGUAA